AAUUCUUGUAUUUGCCAAUCAUAGGACUUGGAAUUAAAAUUUAAAUUGAUGGAAAAUCGUCGCCGUGUAGAAGAGGAAUAUAUGAAAAAUCGUGUUCAUUAUCGUCCUGAUAUCUUAAGGCAGAAAGCAGAUCCUGCUGCUAUUGAUGGAGAUAAAUUUACAUCCAAACCAGAGAAUAAGGACUUGGAAUUAAAAUUGAUGGAAAAUCGUCGUCGUGUAGAAGAGGAAUAUAGGAAAAAUCGUGUUCAUUAUCGCCCUGAUAUUUUAAGGCAGAAAGCCAAUCCUGCUGCUGUUGAUGGAGAUAAAUUUACAUCCAAACCAGGGAAUAAGAGAAAAGCUACUGCUGUUACUGCUUCAGGAAGAAAAAGAAAAGUUAAUGAUGCACCAACAUCUAAACCAGGGACGUCCUUUUGCAAUGCGUAUGGCCACCAUUUUGUUUUUCUUAUUGAAUUUGCCUCGGGAUACGCUCUUUUCGAUGCUCAUGGAAUGUAUGAAUAUCCUGGAUUUACCACCACGUUCAAAAUAGCUGAGAAGUACCUCAAUAACAACCCAUUCACGCUGAGAGCUUUUUAUCCCUUUUUAUCUGUGGGUGACGCUCUCAUUCAAAUGAAGGCUAUAUGCAACUCAACGGUGACCAAGGAGCUGAAAAAUUUCGUAGUGGAUAAUAUUCCAGAGCGAAUCUCUGAUUAUUGGAUUGCAGUUGCAAAUGCAAGGUUGGCACAGACAAUAGGUUUAGCAACAGGGAUACCUGCCAUAGCUGGUCAUAUAAUUGAUGAGGUCAUGCGUGGUUUGCGGGUGAAAUUUGAUAAAUUCAUCACCGGCUUGGAGCUCGAAAACAUGAAAAUGGCUCGACUGAAUUUGGCAUGCAGUUAUCGUAGACAAAGUUGUGCACACAAAGAAAGUUCCAUGGUGCAAAGAAUUUUUUACACUGUUGACAAAGUUGUGGUUGUGCCACAUAAAUUUGAAGGACUUUUCAUCACCAAGGGUUUGGGUAAAAAGAACUUUAUCUGUACUAAAAAUUUAGUACCCGGUAAAGUUCUUUAUGGUGAAAAAUUAAUAUCUGUUGAGAAUGAGGAUGAUGGAACUGAAGUUGAGUACAGAGUAUGGAAUCCGCAUCUGUCAAAGUUGGCGGCUGCAGUAAUGGGCGGUCUUACUAAUAUAUGGGUCAAACCCGGCUCUCACGUUUUAUACCUGGGAGAUGUAUGUGGAAUUACAGUUUUACAAUUGUCUGAUCUUGUUGGCUCGAUGCUGUUGCAAACACGGUGGGGGAGAGGUCAAACGUUGUAACACUUCCUGGAAAUUUAUGUUUCCGUAAGGAUUCCAACGUGGUUCGUUGUAGAGAUUACCGCUUUAUUCUUGGUAUGGAUUACCGCAUGGUUGUUGGUAUGGUGGAUGUGUUGCUUGGUGAUAUCAUUUAUCCUGAAGAUUGCUCUUUGCAGGUUCUUUUUCACCCACAAUAUGAUGUCUACUA